CCACGUUGCCAACUACUUCCGGAAUGAAGGAUCGUCCAUUUUUCUGUACACGCGCAAUGGGUGCAGAGCCAUUUUGUACGGAGCAUCAACGUGGCAACCGGCGUGCCCGGUAUUCUUGCUACCAUGAAUAUUUCCUUACUAUUGUUAAUUGCAAUCACGCAAAUAACAAUAUGUUUGUCAGCCAACGAAGCUCAGCAGUCGACAAAUUCGUACUUAACAGUGGCUGAUAAAGCUCAUUUUAAAAAAAUCCUUGAACCAGGUUUGAAAUCAAACGAUGUAUCUCUUGUAUAUUAUGCUGUUUAUGGAUAUAAGCUUCUUGGUGAAACAUUACCAAACCAGAAGGAUAUUUGCGAUAGCUUGAUGAAGGUUGCAAAAGAUGAAACAAAUCUUAAUACUGAGAAAGCAUUUUUCAUUGCAUCUACAUGGAAAGCCAUUGGAAGCUGUCCAAAUAAUCCAAAUAUCGCAAAGGUGCUCCUGAGCGUGGUAGAUAAGGAUGGUUCCAGUAUGUUGGAAUUGUAUUAUGCAGUCAAUGGUUUAACAGCGUUAUCUCAAAAACUGCCACGCGAGAAAAUUGAUAAAGUAGUUAAAGCGAUGCAGAGUAUGUUACGAAAGGACGACAAUCUCUGGAACUUGGGUUAUACUUUUCACAUCGCCUCAGACUUGGGAGCUAGCGGUGUAGUUGCUUGGGAUCGUAUCGAAGAUGCAAUCGUUCAGGCCGACGAAGUAGAUGGACAGUACUUGCAGUUCGAAGGUGGCUUAUCUGUGACUAGUUUCUUAGUUAACGGCAUUUUAAAACUCUCUAAUACUUUGAAGACAAAGCCACCAUUAACGACUGUACAAACCGUUAAAAUGGCUAAUUAUCUUCUUUCUCGACGGUCUGUACAGACGCCAAAAGGGGUUACGAAUCUACUUUCGGCGUUAACGACUAUGGCAAACAGCGAUAUUGAAAAACCAGCUUGCAUAACAUUAGCCAACGAAGGAAUCGGUAUUUCUGCUCAGCAGCCGUUGGUCACGGUGAAGGUCUGCGAUAUUUUGGGCAAUUCGCUGACCAGUGUGUCCAAAGUGAUCGCAAAUUCGGCAACACGAGUAGGAGAUGAUUCUGUCGUUUUGAGUAAACAGAGCUUGCAGGCUUCACCGACGGACAAAACGUUAUACACGUUAAAUCUCAUGGAAACUAAGCCGGAACGUGGAUUCUACAAGAUAUCUAUUACGGCCGGAACGGUGACGAACACAGUUACAGUAAAAGUCCUUUGUCAAGUAAUGGUUGAUUAUUUGGAGAUCGGUACCGGUGAUGCUGAUCAAACUACUCAGCCAAAGCUGUCACGAGUGACCUACCCGGAGAAACUAACUAAUAAGAUAGAAGCUGACUCGCAGCAAAAAUUGGUCAUGCGGUUUUUACUUAAAGACGGUGCCACUAAGAAGAAUAUGCGAACCCAUCAAGCUUUUGUACGACUCUCUUCUGCGUCUACUUCGAACGAUGGUAAAAAGGGUCACGAAAUUCUCUUUGUGGCCGAACCAGAUGCGUCGCAUGUUUACAAGUUCGAUAUGCCAGUCGGGUCUGCAGCCGGGAACUUCGACCAUCAAAGCGGAGAUUACAACGUGGAACUAAUCGUCGGUGACGCUAUUCUGAAUAAUCCUUUCCAGUGGAAACUGGCAACAGUCACUUUAAAAUUCCCUGAACCGACUUCAGCCGAACGAAUCGAUAAAAGCAAUUCUCACAGGCCUAAACUUGACGUCUAUUCAACCAAACCGGAGAUAAAGCACAUGUUCCGUGAACCAGAGAAGAGGCCUCCUGCAUUCGUUUCCAACUUAUUCACUGGCUUAUGCUUGGCACCUGUUCUUUUGUUGUUGAUCUUGUGGGCUAAACUCGGAGCAAACAUAUCAAACUUCCCUCUUUCGGUUAGCGCUUUCACGUUUCACACUGGAUUAGGAAGUAUCUUCGUACUUUUCGGAAUAUUUUGGCUAAAAUUGAACAUGUUCGUCACUCUUCGAUACCUACUCAGCCUUGGUGUCGUCACGUUCCUCGCUGGCAAUAAACUGUUAUCACACAUAGCUCAUAAACAUAAGUCGCGUUAAUUUAGUGCAUAUCUUAUCAGACAAAAGUGAACACACAAGAGAAACAAAAAAGACUGACAUUGUCCAAGUUCGCGUUAUUGAACAAGUGUCACAGUAAGAGAUUAUCGAAGAGUAGCAGCUGUCCGUAUUCGCUGUUCACAUUUUGUCCAUUGAUUUACACAUUAAUUUAGUCAAAACUUUUUGUAAUAAAUGAUGUUUGUCUCAUCGACUCAAGAAUGAUAUUUGCUUCGUACUUAAUAUAAACCAAUGAAUCACGCACAAAUGAAAGCAAUAAUAGUUGCGUACGAACAAAUCAGGUUUGCUAUAUGAAUUCAUUGCUAUGAUUGUUGUUAAUUUUAUUUAUUGAAAACAAAGUAUUCCUUACACAAUGUAAUUACGACAAUUACAAGAGUACACGUAUCGUAGGAGUAUAUAAAGAUGUAAAAUUAGUCACCUGUAGAAAUUUUAUUUUAUGUUAUUCUUCUGUAACAGUAAGCGGUUGCGUAGGAUUCAGUCAUUUGGUUAGGCGUUAAAAUAUGUUUCGCUCAUAAACCAGCAUUUUAUAGAA